UUACUUGUGGAAAUUGUUGAUUACCUGGACACCUUAUAAGAGGAACCUGUGAACAGGUUCAUUAAGCAUCUGUCUUGAAAAAUACAUUUUAUGAAUGCUUUGAAAUAAGAGGUGUGAACAGUGGCCUGUCACAUAAGAGACCACAAUCUACACAGUUGCGUCCCUGGCAGUUGUCCCUGUGCCUGAAAGUGGCAGGAUCUGGUAGUUUGAGGGGCUAUCCUUCAACAAGAAGCAUAGAGCUACCUACCUACUGUAUAAAUAUAAUCUCUGAUGACAUUUACUAUAAUGGACACCUUUUCUGAUCUAGUUCUCAGAUACAGAAUUAACAGUUUGAAUCUGGAGAAGCAUUUUGUACAAAUGGAAAGAUUGGGCUUUCUCUUUCGUUUUCCAGAUGUAUUGUCUCAUCUGCAUACUUGAAGGAUCUACAAUCAAGUAAACCCGCUUGUAACCAUGGAGCCAUGUGACCCAUCAAGACAUAGAAAAAGUGCUGCUGAGCUUGGGAACCAGGCACUUGUUCACCAGUUCAACAAUUAAACUAACAUAUUCUCUGCUGAUAAUCAAGAAUAGAGAGCCAAGUAAAGUCAUGCACAUUCUAUUGACAAAUGGACUCUGGCUGUUGAAUUUUGCUGUAACUGGUUACUCUGUCAUUCAAAGUCAACUGACUAUGCCAGUUAUGUCCUAGUGGAUGUAAACACCUGUGUUGAUGUAUUCUGAUGUUAGCAAAUGUUGAAGAUAAGAAACCUAUUAUGACUAAUCCUUGGGAAGAGAAAGUCUGCAAAAUGGCUCAAACGAGUUUACUUCAGGGGAAGCAGUUUUACUGUAGGGAGUGGGUUUUCCACAAGCUUCAGCAUUGCCUCCAGGAGAAAACUAACUGCUGCAACAGCACUGUCCACACACCACCCCUCGUAGUGAAUUCUGGGAGCAAUGCUAGUGUUGUCUCUGGAAAAGGCACUGCCUGGGGUGUGUUGUUAGUAGGAGGGCCUGGCAGUGGCAAGACAGCCCUAUGUACUGAGCUCUUGUGGCCAAGUUCACCUACAGGCUUGCAGAGAGGUUUACAUCGCCAGGCCUUGGCCUUUCAUUUCUGCAAAGCCCAGGACUCUGACACGUUGUGUGUUGGAGGGUUUGUUAGAGGUCUUGUUGCCCAGAUUUGCCACAGUGGGCUACUCCAAGGAUAUGAGGACAAGCUGAGGGACCCAGCCAUCCAGAGCCUCCUACAGCCCGGGGAAUGUGAGAGGAACCCAGCUGAAGCAUUUAAAAGGUGUGUUCUGCUCCCGCUUUUGGGAAUGAAGCCUCCCCAGCAAAGCCUGUAUCUGCUUGUGGAUUCAGUUGAUGAAGGCUGUAACGUCACUGAAGGUGAACAGACGUCCACCAGCUUAUCUGGGACUGUGGCAGAGCUUUUAGCUGGUCACCAUGAGUUCUUUCCACCAUGGCUAUUGCUUCUCUGUUCUGCCCGAAAGCAGAGUAAGGCUGUUACUAAAAUGUUUACUGGUUUUCGAAAAAUAAGUUUAGAUGACCUUCGGAAGGCAUAUAUUGUUAAGGAUGUGCAACAGUACAUUCUCCAUCGUUUAGAUCAAGAAGAAGCUUUGCGACAACACCUUACAAAAGAAACUGCAGAGAUGUUAAAUCAACUGCACAUUAAAAGCAGCGGGUGCUUUCUUUAUCUAGAACGGGUUCUAGAUGGAGUUGUAGAAAAUUUUAUUAUGUUACGAGAGAUCCGUGACAUCCCAGGAACUCUAAACGGUCUCUAUCUCUGGCUGUGCCAAAGACUUUUUGUGAGAAAGCAGUUUGCAAAGGUUCAACCUAUUUUGAAUGUGAUUCUUGCUGCCUGCCGACCUUUGACCAUAACGGAAUUAUAUCAUGCAGUAUGGACCAAAAAUAUGUCAUUAACCUUGGAAGACUUUCAACGCAAGUUAGACGUGCUCUCCAAACUCCUUGUUGAUGGACUAGGAAAUACUAAAAUCCUAUUUCACUACAGCUUUGCAGAGUGGCUUCUGGACGUGAAACACUGCACACAGAAGUAUUUAUGCAAUGCAGCAGAAGGACACAGAAUGCUGGCUAUGAGUUAUACCUGCCAAGCCAAGAAUCUAACACCAUUGGAAGCACAAGAAUUUGCAUUGCACUUAAUUAAUUCAAACUUGCAGUUGGAGACAGCUGAGUUAGCUCUGUGGAUGAUAUGGAAUGGUACACCUGUCAGAGACUCCCUGUCAACCUUAAUACCCAAGGAACAAGAAGUGUUACAGCUGUUGGUAAAAGCUGGUGCUCAUGUGAACAGUGAAGACGAUCGCACAUCAUGCAUAGUCCGUCAAGCCUUAGAAAGAGAGGAUUCCAUUCGGACCUUACUAGAUAAUGGAGCUUCAGUAAAUCAGUGUGAUUCAAAUGGGAGAACAUUACUGGCUAAUGCUGCUUACAGCGGCAACCUUGAUGUGGUGAAUUUACUUGUCUCUAGGGGAGCAGAUUUAGAGAUAGAAGAUGCUCAUGGGCACACACCACUUACCCUGGCUGCUAGACAAGGACAUACCAAGGUGGUUAAUUGUCUGAUUGGGUGCGGAGCAAACAUUAAUCACACUGAUCAGGAUGGCUGGACAGCAUUAAGAUCUGCUGCUUGGGGUGGCCACACGGAGGUGGUUUCUGCGCUACUGUAUGCCGGUGUAAAAGUGGAUUGUGCGGAUGCUGACAGCCGAACAGCUUUGAGAGCAGCAGCGUGGGGAGGACACGAGGAUAUUGUACUGAAUUUGCUACAACAUGGUGCUGAAGUCAACAAAGCUGAUAAUGAAGGUAGGACUGCUUUGAUAGCAGCAGCAUACAUGGGACAUAGAGAGAUUGUGGAACACCUUCUGGACCACGGAGCAGAAGUGAAUCAUGAGGAUGUUGAUGGCAGGACUGCACUCUCUGUAGCUGCACUUUGUGUGCCUGCAAGCAAAGGACACGCGUCAGUUGUCAGCCUUUUAAUUGAUCGAGGUGCUGAAGUAGAUCAUUGUGAUAAAGAUGGCAUGACCCCACUGCUGGUGGCUGCCUAUGAAGGACACGUCGAUGUGGUUGACCUGCUUCUAGAGGGGGGAGCAGAUGUAGACCACACAGAUAACAAUGGCCGUACACCCCUCUUAGCAGCUGCUUCUAUGGGCCAUGCUUCAGUCGUGAACACACUUUUGUUUUGGGGUGCAGCUGUGGAUAGCAUUGAUAGUGAAGGUAGGACAGUCCUCAGCAUAGCCUCAGCCCAAGGCAAUGUUGAGGUGGUACGUACUCUACUGGAUAGAGGGUUAGAUGAAAAUCACAGAGAUGAUGCUGGAUGGACACCUUUGCACAUGGCAGCUUUUGAAGGUCACAGAUUAAUAUGUGAAGCACUUAUUGAACAAGGUGCUAGAACAAAUGAGAUUGAUAAUGAUGGACGAAUACCUUUCAUAUUAGCUUCACAAGAGGGUCAUUAUGAUUGUGUUCAGAUAUUACUGGAAAAUAAAUCCAACAUUGAUCAAAGAGGUUAUGAUGGUAGAAAUGCACUGCGGGUGGCUGCGCUAGAAGGACACAGGGACAUUGUUGAACUGCUUUUUAGCCAUGGAGCUGACGUUGAUUACAAAGAUGCUGAUGGUAGGCCUACCCUUUAUAUUUUGGCCUUAGAAAACCAACUUACAAUGGCUGAGUAUUUUUUAGAAAAUGGUGCAAAUGUAGAAGCAAGUGAUGCAGAAGGAAGGACAGCACUUCAUGUUUCCUGCUGGCAAGGCCAUUUGGACAUGGUGCAGGUUCUGAUAACCUACCAUGCUGACAUCAACGCCGCAGACAACGAAAAGCGAUCUGCCUUGCAGUCUGCAGCGUGGCAGGGCCACGUGAAGGUGGUGCAGCUUCUGAUUGAGCAUGGAGCUGUUGUGGACCACACUUGUAAUCAAGGUGCAACUGCCCUCUGCAUCGCAGCCCAGGAAGGGCACAUCGAUGUCGUGCAGGUUCUCCUAGAGCACGGUGCUGAUCCCAACCACGCAGAUCAAUUCGGACGCACUGCUAUGCGCGUGGCAGCUAAAAACGGACACUCUCAGAUAAUUAAAUUAUUAGAAAAAUAUGGUGCAUCUAGUUUGAAUGGCUGUUCCCCCUCUCCUGUUCACACAAUGGAGCAGAAGCCUCUACAAUCCGUGUCUUCAAAAAUGCAGUCGUUAACAAUUAAAUCAAAUAGCUCCGGCAGUACUGGCGGAGGGGACAUGCAGGCUUCACUGCGUGGUUUACCGAAUGGGCCAGCGCACGCCUUCAGUUCUCCCUCAGAAUCUCCAGACUCUACAGUCGAUCGUCAGAAGUCAUCCUUGUCCAAUAAUUCUCUGAAAAGCUCAAAAAAUUCAUCUUUGAGAACUACUUCGUCUACAGCAACGGCUCAAACUGUGCCAAUUGAUAGCUUUCACAACCUGUCGUUUACUGAGCAGAUCCAGCAGCAUUCGCUGCCCCGCAGUAGAAGUCGACAGUCCAUUGUGUCCCCGUCUUCCACAACACAGUCCUUGGGACAGAGCCAUAACUCGCCCUCGAGUGAAUUUGAGUGGAGUCAAGUCAAGCCCAGUUUGAAGUCAACGAAAACAAAUAAAGGGGGGAAAUCAGAAAAUUCCAGCAAAUCUGGGUCAGCUGGGAGAAAGGCUAAACAAAAUAACUCCUCACAGCCAAAGGUUUUAGAAUAUGAAAUGACUCAGUUUGAUUCAAGAGGGCCUGCAGCCAAACCCGGGUCCAGCACGCCCCCUAAACAAAUACCCGCAGAAUCUCAGUGCAAAAUUAUGAUACCGUCUGCGCAGCAGGAAGUUGGACGAUCGCAGCAGCAGUUUCUCAUUCACCAACAAAGUGGGGAACAGAAGAAGAGAAAUGGAAUAAUGACAAACCCAAAUUACCAUCUUCAGAGCAACCAGGUGUUUCUUGGUCGGGUUUCCGUCCCAAGAACAAUACAAGACAGAGGGCAUCAGGAAGUGUUGGAAGGGUACCCUUCGUCAGAGACGGAAUUGAGCCUUAAACAAGCCCUGAAGCUUCAGAUCGACGGUUCUGACCCUAGUUUCAACUAUAAGAAGGAGACACCAUUAUAACAGUUUCCUGUUCUGUGAGACAGAAGACAUUGUGAUUGGAGUGGUUCUUCAGCUACUGGAUGGAAACAUAACAUGCCUGUUGAUUGCUGAAAAAAAAAGAAUGUGAUAUUUGCAGUUCAGUUACCUUAAUUACUGUAAUGUGCCUAAUAGCAAGGCUGCCUUCUCAAUGUAACCCUCUGUGCUUAAAAAUGUCAUUUAGUGUGCUUUGUAUUCACUACACAAGAAUAAGCACUUUUUUUUUUAAAUGCAGGUAUAUUCUGCAGUUCCCUGUUAAAAGCUGAAAAAUUUUUAAGUAUUUUAAGUUAAGAUUUGAUAAAUGUGCAUGUGCCAUGAUCAAAUAUAUAUGAAAAGGCAGUGUUCCUUGUAUUUAUUUUUUUUUCUUUUUGUGGCAAACAAAAGUUAAGCCUACUGUUUCAGUCACAUUUGCAUUGCUGUAGUGUGUGGCUUGUUUCCUGUAUCUUUAAAAAUGUCACUCAUUAAAAUAAAUCAUGCAACUAUUUAUACUCACUACACCUUCAGCAUUGGUUGAAAAUGAACUUAAAUCUAUUUAAUGCCAUUGAGGUGAAGAAAAAUGGUUUCUUCGUAGAUUUAAAAAUAAUUUCUAGUAUUUUAGGGAGCUGCUCUAAGUAGUUUAAAUUUGGAUUUCCCAGUAGUAUCCUCCUAAUUUCUGGCUACAUGUGUCAAAAAGAAAAAAAAAAGACUAUAGGCAGAACAAAGUUCUGUUUCAUUCAAUGGGGUACAAUUUCACCUUCCAUUCACUUGUCAUUCCACCUCCAAGAAGACAGACUGAUUCUUGAGGCAUGGAACGUCUCAGGACACAGCCACGCUGCAGCCACAUGUGCGUGGGAGGAGAUAUGCCUGUCUCUCUGAGGGUAGAUUUUUGAUCCCUGAACAAUUCAUUGACUACCCUUAUCUCUACCGUCCAGCUGAAUCAAAUACAAUUUACCAGUGUGAAUUUUAAUACUGGCUUCUCUCUCAGUUGCCUCUGUUUUGUAAAUCACUGCAUGAUGGAGAUAGCCCCACUCAAAGUCAUUUGGAUCAAUUUUAGUGGUUAGUUUGAUGAAUAUUCUUGAAUGUAGUAAGUGCUGUCCUUCACAGAUGAUACCACUAACCUGUCAGUCAUAACAUGUGUAUUUUUUAUUAUUAUUUGAUAAACACUUUUUUGUCCACA